AUGUCUCCCAAGUCUUUCACCCUCUCGGCCGCUCUGUGCCUCGCUCUAGCCAUCGGCCCCGCCACCGUCCUGUCUGCUCCCCAGCUGGGCGGUCUCCCCCUCCUCGGCGGUGACAAGACCCAAGACGCCGCUCCCACCACCGGUGACAGCGAGCACGAUGCCGGCGCCGGCUACGACGUCGGUAUCCCCGGCGGUCCAGCCGUUAAGUUCGGCGCUGGCACCCACAGCGAGACCCACGGCCCCUGCGGUCCCGGCGUAAGCAGCGAGCACGACGCCGGAGCUGGCUACGAUGUUGGCAUCCCCGAUGGUCCUGCUGUCAAGUUCGGUGCUGGCACCCACGACGCUUACCAGGCCAAUCCAUGCCCUGAGAUCGUCGAGGUUCCCACCGCUACUGAGGUCAUCGUGAUGCCUUCUACUACGGAGGUCAUCGUCGAGACCCCUCCUACUAGCACUUCCACCUACGUCCCCGUCAUGAUCCCUCCUACCUACACCACGCCCAUCUCUAUUCCAACUCAGGCUCCUAUUCCUCUGUACACGCCUCCUGCCCCGGUGCCUGUCCACUCAACUCCGUUCAUCCAGCACCCUGCUCCUACGGCUAUGCCCUCGUCUGUGCCUGUUUUCAACGCUGGUUCCGCGGUGACUCCCGGCUCGUCCUUCAUGGCCAUUGCUCUCCCUGUUAUACUGGGGUUGUUCUAUUAA